AGAUUUUCCUGCAUGCCCUAUAAUUGGGGAGUAAAGAUGACAAUGAAAAUCAUGUCUGGGAAGCAGCUGAUCUCUAUUUUAAUUGAGAAAUCUAAAUGAUCUAUGUACAUCCUAGCAGGAAUUUGUAAAAUUCUUAACAUAAAUUUGACCUUAUUUAGUAACAUUUUGUUAUUUAUUUGUGGUAAUGGCUGCUUUAACAUCUCAAACAGUGCUUCUAGUCAGGGAACAUGCAUUUUUGCAGGCUGCACUGUCUUCUAUUAAGUUGAGAAACUUCUCAACUAAGUCAUCACCACACUCCAGUUCUCCAAACUUUGGGCUCCUGUUUGACAUUGAUGGUGUUCUAGUCAGAGGUCGGAAAGUUCUCCCAACUGCUCCUAAGGCAUUCUCCAAGUUGCUGGAUCAGCAUGGAAGAUUCCGUGUUCCUACUGUCUUCGUUACAAAUGCUGGCAAUGCUUUGAGAAAUGCAAAGGCUGAGCAACUUUCUCAGUGGCUUAAUGUUGAGGUUGAUGAAGACCAAGUGAUUAUGGCUCACUCACCUCUGAAGCUUUUUGAGCACUUCAUGGGCAAGCAUAUACUUGUGUCAGGACAGGGUCCUGUCACUGAAAUUGCUUAUAAUUUGGGCUUUCGGAACAUAACAACUAUUGAGCAGUUGAGAGUUGCAUACCCGCAACUUGACUGUGUUGAUCAGAAAAGACGCAGCCUCCAGCCCCCAAGCGAAGGACGCCGCAUUGCACCCAUUGAGGGCCUCAUGCUGUUUGGGGAGCCUGUAAGGUGGGAGACGUCACUGCAGCUCCUGCUUGACGUGCUCAUGACUGAUGGAGAUGUGGAGGCCGUUCCUACAUCCCCGUACCCUCACCUGCCUGUACUCGCUUGCAACAUGGACCUGCAGUGGAUGGCUGAGGCUCACAUGCCUAGGUUUGGUCAUGGAUCUUUCCUGUUGUGUUUGGAGGCUCUGUACAAGAAAGUUACGGGCAAGGACCUAAUAUACACAGCUCUAGUUGGCAAGCCUUCAGAGAUCACGUACUACCACGCCGAGACUAUGGUACAGCAGCAUGCCAGGUCUAUAGGCAUCAACCAUCCCAUCACUACACUCUAUGCUAUUGGAGACAACAUCCACACGGACAUAUUCGGCAUGAACCUCUACUCGAACUACGUGCAACGGCGCCGACGUCAGGGCAGCAGCCAACGAGUGGCUAUGCAAGGUGCCAGGGGCCUGGACAUCUCAAGACAAGACUUCCAGGGCCUCACAGCUGAACACUGCUUCUCCAUACUGGUGAAGACGGGCGUUUAUGACGAGCAUGGAGGGCAUCUCUUGGAUCACUGCCCCCGUGACUUCUUGCCUGUAGAGGCCAAGCUGCAGCAGCCGAGUAUCACCGUCCCAUGUGUGCUGCACGCCAUAGACGCCAUCUUCGAGCGAGAAAACUUCUCAUGAAAUAGUUUGGUUCAUGCAAAAUUCCUUGUUUGGGUUUAGGUUUUUCGGUUCUACUACACCGGUCUAUCUUUUUUUGCAAUAGGAAAAUAGUCGGGAAACCGUAUGCUUCUUCUUUGGAUGUACAUUUUUCUGAUUCACGGCAUCGGUAUUAUCAAGUUAUGGGAUAUAAUGUGUACGAAGUGCGUUGCUGUUCAACUGGGACGCAUAUUUCUUUUAGUUAACGAAGUUCAUUCAAGUAUUAACAAAUGACCAUGAAAAUCCUGUUCAGCGAGGAAAUGUUUUUAACUGUUGAAUGUUGUUUUUAAUUACUUUCAACACUUGACCGUCAAUCUCUGAUAUGCUCUACCUUCAUUACUUUCACUAAGCCGCUUAGUUAUGUGGACGCACUCCUUAAUAGUGAGGCCACAUUGCUGCUCACUGUCGCCUCGUUUAGCUUUGCUGCUCUCGAGUCACAACUUAGCUCAUAACUUUACGUUUGUGCUGUCCUUCAGAAAGGAAAUUCAGAUUAAUUUAUACUUUAUUGUAAAUAGUUAUCGUUAUUCACCAGAUGCGCAGUGGUUUUAGUGUCUAAUGCUGAUCAUGACGUUGUUCGGUUGUAGGUCACUCAUGACCUUGCUAGAUGAACAAGGCCAGUAUGUAAUGUUUCAAAUGUUUCAGAGCUACGAGCUCAGCCCUUCCCUGCUUCUGUCCUACCUACAGUAUCUAAAUCGGUUUAGAAUUUGAUUUCCUUUGAUAAGAGCUUAGCGUGACAUUUGUUGAUUAGAUAAUCAGUUUUAUUUUGAACGUUCGGAAUUUAUUAAAUGCUUUAUUCGUAUUGUCUACGAAACUACUCAUUAUUUAUGCCUAGUACAAGAAUGACAAUACGGAAUAAAAAUAUUCUUAGUUACAUUGGAGUGGUCUAAUUUCUUGGUACUUAAUAUCUAGUAUUAUAGAUUGUUUUAUCUCACGCAGAAUUCAAGUGCUUUGAGCAUUCACGUCAAUGUUAUUUGCUUAUUUCUAGGUCUCGUUUAAGCUUGGGAAAUAAACGUCCUAUCAUUUGAUCA